ACUCCAGCUAGUGAUGCCGAGCUCCAUUUCUAUCCCUUUCCAUCUCCUCCCAUUUCCUCUCAACCCCUCCCUACUAGUGCGUUGCAACAUCUUCAGACGCAGAGAACUGCACCCAACCAACGGUGCCUCCCAAAGCUGCAACCUGCAGUCCAGGGCACAGCCAGAGUUGCCAGAAAGGAGACCAGCAGCGGGAGGAGCAGCAGCAGCAUCACCACUACUAGGUGUAUCGCUAUGGCCAAGAGUCGCAGGGACAGAAACAGCUGGGGUGGGUUUACAGAAAAAGCUUAUGAAUGGAGCUCAGAAGAAGAGGAUACCCUGAAAAAGGCAGGGCCAGUUCAGGUCCUCAUCAUGAAAGAUGAUCACUCCUUUGAAUUAGAUGAAAUUGCACUUAAUCGUAUCCUUCUGUCAGAAGCUGUCAGGGACAAAGAAGUUGUUGCUGUUUCUGUGGCUGGAGCAUUUAGAAAAGGAAAAUCAUUUCUCAUGGACUUCAUGUUGAGAUAUAUGUACAACCAGGUGUCUGUUGAUUGGGUUGGAGAUUAUGAUGAACCACUGACUGGUUUUUCUUGGAGGGGUGGAUCUGAACGAGAGACCACAGGAAUUCAGAUAUGGAGUGAAGUCUUCCUAAUUAACAAACCCGAUGGCAAAAAGGUUGCAGUAUUAUUAAUGGACACUCAGGGGACAUUUGAUAGUCAGUCAACUCUGAGGGAUUCAGCCACAGUAUUUGCCCUUAGCACUAUGAUCAGCUCAAUACAGGUAUACAACUUAUCUCAGAAUGUCCAGGAGGAUGACCUUCAGCACUUACAGCUUUUCACUGAGUAUGGCAGACUGGCUAUGGAAGAAACAUUUCUGAAGCCAUUUCAGUCCUUAAUCUUCCUUGUCCGAGACUGGAGUUUCCCAUAUGAAUUUUCCUAUGGAGCUGAUGGUGGUGCCAAAUUUUUGGAAAAACGGCUUAAGGUCUCAGGGAACCAACAUGAAGAACUACAGAAUGUACGAAAGCAUAUCCAUUCCUGUUUCACCAAUAUAUCCUGUUUUCUACUACCUCAUCCUGGCCUAAAAGUUGCCACCAACCCAAAUUUCAAUGGAAAACUCAAAGAAAUAGAUGAUGAAUUCAUUAAGAACCUGAAAAUUUUGAUCCCUUGGCUACUUAGCCCUGAGAACCUAGAUGUUAAAGAAAUCAAUGGAAAUAAAAUCACCUGCCGAGGUCUAGUGGAGUACUUCAAGGCAUAUAUAAAGAUCUAUCAAGGAGAAGAAUUACCCCAUCCAAAAUCAAUGUUGCAGGCCACAGCUGAGGCUAACAAUUUAGCAGCUGUUGCAACUGCAAAGGAUACAUAUAACAAAAGAAUGGAAGAGAUCUGUGGGGGUGACAAACCAUUUCUAGCACCCACCGACCUGCAGAACAAACACCUGGAACUCAAGGAGGAAUCAAUUAAGCUCUUCCGUGGGGUCAAAAAGAUGGGUGGGGAGGAGUUUAGCCGCCGUUACUUGCAACAACUGGAGAGUGAAAUAGAUGAGCUCUACAUACAAUAUAUCAAACAUAAUGACAGCAAGAACAUCUUCCAUGCAGCACGCACCCCAGCCACACUGUUUGUGGUCAUCUUCAUCACCUAUGUCAUUGCUGGUGUGACUGGAUUCAUUGGUUUGGACAUUAUUGCCAGCCUAUGCAACAUGAUUAUGGGACUGACCCUUAUCACUCUGUGUACCUGGGCAUACAUCCGAUAUUCUGGGGAAUACCGAGAAUUGGGAGCAGUAAUAGACCAGGUGGCUGCUGCCUUGUGGGACCAGGGAAGCACAAAUGAGGCUCUGUAUAAACUCUACAGUGCAGCAUCAACCCACAGACAUUUGUAUCAUCAUGCUUUUCCUGCAUCAAAAUCAGACUCUACUGAAGAAUCAAAACAGAAGAAAAUGUAACCCAAAUUUUUAAAACAGGUGCAUGAACAUUUAUCCAUUAAAUCAACAGAGUUACAUGCAUCCAUGUACAUAUUUUAAAGUAUUUAAGAUUAAAACAAAAGGUUGAGAACUGUCUGUUUCCUUUUUACUUAAGUAUUUAAUAAGCAAAUAUAAGCAUGGUUUCCCAAUUUUUCUGACAUUAUUAUAAGUUAAUAUUAAAAUGUAUUCUCUUAUUUAUUAAUACACGUGUUCCACUUGAAUUUACUAACUAAUACUACUGGCUUAUAAUUAAUUUAAAUGUGUGGUGGUAUUCCUACAAGUUUCUAUAUGCUAAUUUGAUUUCUGAAGAAAUAAACUAAAAAUCAUUCAUAUAAGUAUUUGUAUGAGCAUAUUAUAGUAAUCCAAUGUUUGAUACGUAUCAUCUCAUCUUAUAUGUAUAUGAACUCAGUUAUUUUAAGUACACUUGAAAUAACUUUUUCAUUUGCUGUCAAAAACAAAUUUUUUUCUUUAUCAUGAUUAAAGCAGUGCUUCUAUUUGUCAUAAAUUAACAAAAGAAUUUUGCAUACGUAUUCAAAAGAUUCACUAUCAUGUAUUCU